AUGGUUUUCCUGACUAACGCUAUUUCUGAUGCUCGCCUCGAUAAGAUAAAUGAAAAUGGUGAAACGCACCAUGAAAGUGUCAAUACCACAGUAUAUGGUACCCAUUGGGCCUCCACGGAUAUUCCACGUUAUGACAUGCCAGAAGAAGAAAUGCCACCAAAUGUCGCCUAUCGAUUAAUCAAGGAUAGUUUGGCUUUGGACGGCACCCCUACCUUGAACCUUGCCACCUUUGUCACUACGUUUAUGGAAGAGGAAGCUGAGAAACUCAUGACCGAAAAUAUGUCCAAAAACUUUAUUGAUUUCGAGGAAUACCCUCAAAGUGCCGAACUUUCUAGCCGUUGCGUGAACAUGAUUGCUCGAUUGUUCCAUGCACCUAUGGAGAGCACCACCGAGGAGGCCCUUGGUUGUUCGACGGUUGGUUCGUCCGAGGCGGUGAUUCUCGCAACUUUAGCUAUGAAACGUCGCUGGCAAUUGGCACGUCGAGCCAAAGGCUUAUCCACCGAUAAGCCCAACCUGGUGAUGGGGGCCAACUGCCAAGUCGUCUGGCACAAAGCCGUUCGAUAUCUGGAGAUUGAAGCACGCGAAGUAGAAUGUACCGAAGAAUUGCUGUAUAUGGACCCCAAAAAAGCCGUAGACUUGGUCGAUGAGAACACCAUUGGUGUUUGUGCUAUCCUCGGCUCCACGUACACCGGUCAUUAUGAGGACGUCAAGACAUUGAACGAGCUUUUGGAGGAAAAGUGCGCCAAGGAAGGCUUGGACGUCAGUAUUCACGUCGAUGCUGCCAGUGGCGGUUUUGUUGCACCGUUUGUUGUGCCGGAUCUCGAAUGGGAUUUCCGCUUGAAGCGUGUGAUUUCUAUCAAUACAUCCGGUCAUAAAUAUGGAUUGACUUAUCCAGGUAUUGGUUGGGCUAUUUGGCGUAGCCCAGAUUAUCUGCCCAAAGAUUUGAUCUUCAAUGUUAACUAUCUCGGUAGCGAGCAGGCUUCAUUUACGCUCAAUUUCAGUAAAGGCGCAGCUAAUGUGAUUGGCCAAUAUUACGUCCUGAUCCGCCUGGGCCACAGUGGAUUCACCAAGGUCAUGAAAAAUUUAACAGCCACUGCCGAUCAUUUGGCCGAUGCUUUGAUUUCCAUUGGACGGUUUGAAAUAUUGAGUGAACGUGGCGGACGCGGUUUGCCCGUGGUGGCUUUCCGUCUCAAAGGCAACAACACAUUUGAUGAGUUUGAUUUGGUGGAUAAACUUCGCGAACGAGGCUGGAUCGUUCCCGCUUACACCAUGGCCCAUCGUUUGGAGUACAUGAAACUGGUGCGUGUAGUAAUCCGCGAAGACUUUUCUCGCUCUCGUUGCGAGAUCUUGGUCAGAGAUAUCGUUGCUGCUCUCAGUCUCUUGGAUGAAUAUGAUGAAAAGAUGAUCCAAAAACGCAGGGAAAUUCGUGACAAACAUUCUCAUCGUUCCAAGUACCGUCAUGCUGCCAUGCGUAUUGAUAAAUACAGCAAUGAGAACCAAGAACCUUCCAAGAAAAAGGGGCACGUCUGUUAG